UCAUUUGGACUCGCACAGCUUGAGCAGUCCCAAGAGAAUCCCUUCUGUUCAGUGUUCAGGCAGCCUCCUCGUUUCUCUUCUGGGGACUUGCUUCUUCCCGUCUCUUUGCUGCUUCUUCCUCGCAAGCUACAAGGAUGGAGACUUUUCUAUUCACCUCCGAAUCAGUGAACGAGGGACACCCAGACAAGCUCUGUGACCAGAUCUCAGAUGCAGUGCUUGAUGCCUGUCUGGAACAGGACCCAGAUAGCAAAGUUGCCUGUGAAACUUGCACCAAGACCAACAUGGUUAUGGUCUUCGGAGAGAUCACAACUAAAGCCAAUGUAGACUACGAGAAAAUUGUUCGUGACACCUGCAGGAACAUUGGGUUUGUUUCGGAUGAUGUUGGUCUUGAUGCUGACAACUGUAAGGUCCUGGUCAACAUUGAGCAGCAGAGUCCCGACAUUGCUCAGGGUGUGCAUGGCCAUCUAAGCAAAAGACCCGAGGAAAUUGGCGCCGGUGACCAGGGUCACAUGUUCGGCUAUGCUACUGAUGAGACCCCUGAAUUGAUGCCCUUGAGCCACGUUCUCGCAACCAAGCUCGGUGCUCGUCUAACUGAGGUGCGCAAGAAUGGAACGUGCCCCUGGUUGAGGCCUGAUGGCAAGACCCAAGUCACCGUUGAGUAUUACAAUGACAAGGGUGCCAUGGUUCCCAUUCGUGUCCACACUGUUCUUAUCUCUACCCAGCACGAUGAGACUGUGACUAACGAUGAGAUAGCAGCUGAUCUCAAAGAGCAUGUCAUCAAGGCUGUGAUUCCUGAGAAGUACCUUGAUGAGAAGACAAUUUUCCACCUCAACCCUUCGGGCCGUUUUGUGAUCGGUGGCCCUCACGGUGAUGCUGGUCUCACUGGGCGUAAGAUCAUCAUUGACACUUACGGUGGAUGGGGUGCCCAUGGUGGCGGUGCCUUCUCUGGGAAGGACCCAACCAAGGUUGACAGGAGCGGAGCUUACAUUGUGAGGCAAGCUGCAAAGAGCAUUGUUGCCAAUGGACUUGCCAGGAGGUGCAUUGUGCAAGUGUCGUACGCCAUUGGUGUGCCCGAGCCUUUGUCUGUGUUUGUGGACACAUAUGGGACCGGAAAGAUUCCUGACAAGGAGAUCCUUAAGAUUGUGAAGGAGAACUUCGAUUUCAGGCCAGGCAUGAUCUCCAUUAAUCUUGAUCUCAAGAGGGGCGGCAAUGGCAGGUUCUUGAAGACUGCUGCCUAUGGACAUUUCGGCAGAGAUGACGCUGACUUCACAUGGGAGGUGGUCAAGCCCCUUAAAUGGGAGAAGCCUACGGCUUGAAUGAUUUCCUUGCGUGCUAUGCCUCCAUGGUGUUUGAUUUGAUUUUUCACCUCCCCUGUCCCUGGCCUUUUCUUUUUCGGAUUUCCCCCCCUCUCCCUCGGAGGAGUUGUAUUGUGUUCGUCCAGCACUCUCUUUUUUCUUUUUUUUUUUGCCCCUAUACUCAUUAACCAUAUGCUCAACAUAUGCUCAAUAUAUGUAAUAAUCAUCUCAAGUUGAAGAAAAUAUACAAUUUUUUCUGAUUUUUUUUCCACUGAA